ACGAGAAGUUUCGCCUGUGGGAAAUUCAGCAGCUGACUUUUCGAGGAUCCCGGGGCUUUCUUGCUGAAGCAGCGACUCAACAUGGCGGCGUUUGCGCGAACCCUCAACCUGAUGUACCGCAUGGCCAUCCCGGCCUCUGCCGGCGCAUUCCUCAUCACACAGUCCAUCUACGACGUUCGGGGCGGCACAAGAGCCGUGAUUUUCGACAGGUUGUCCGGUGUCAAGGAGGAUGUCGUCAACGAGGGAACGCACUUUUUGAUCCCUUGGCUGCAGAGGAGCGUCAUCUUUGACGUGCGGACAAAGCCCAGGAACAUUGCCACGACCACCGGCAGCAAGGAUCUUCAGAUGGUCAGCUUGACGCUGCGAGUCCUGCACCGACCAGAUGUCAAGGCAUUGCCAAAGAUUUACCAGAACCUCGGCGCAGACUACGACGAGAGAGUCCUCCCCUCCAUCGGCAACGAAGUCCUCAAGGCCAUCGUCGCCCAGUUCGACGCCGCCGAGCUCAUCACCCAGCGUGAGGCCGUCUCGCAGCGCAUCCGCAGCGACCUUACCCGCCGUGCCGCCGAGUUCAACAUUGCCCUCGAGGACGUGUCCAUCACCCAUAUGACGUUUGGCCGUGAAUUCACAAAGGCCGUCGAGCAGAAGCAGAUUGCCCAGCAGGACGCCGAGCGCGCACGAUUCAUCGUCGAAAAGGCCGAGCAGGAGCGCCAGGCCAGCGUCAUCCGCGCAGAGGGUGAAGCCGAGAGCGCAGAAACCAUCAGCAAGGCCAUUGCCAAGUCCGGCGACGGGUUGGUGAAGAUUCGAAAGAUUGAGGCCAGCAGAGAGAUUGCGCAGGCCCUGUCAUCGAACCCCAAUGUGGCGUAUCUGCCUUCAGGAGGAAAGGGAGGCAACGGCAGCCAGCUUCUGCUGUCUGUAGGCAGGGCGUGAAGUGGAUUGUAGGAAUAAUGAAAACGGAAGCAUGGAGACCACCCCGCUCAUUGCUGGGAUAUGAGGGGGGAAAAGAAAUCCCCAAUCACGAGAAUCUUGUACUUUUAGCCAUGGAAGGCCAAUAGAAGCCUUAUGUGAAAACAAAACUAUAUGCUCU